AUGGAACCUAUUGGCGACAGUGGAGUGCAAGCUCAACACGUCAUUAAGAUAACCGUAGUGACUUCGUAUGCCACUAAAAACGGAUACGCCAAAAACGUCGACCCAAAACGGAACGUGGCUGAAAUUGAAGUCAAAGCGCACUUUUUCCCAAGUCACGAUGCCACAGCUAAUGUCAAGAUGUUUCCGAAAACGGAAGAUCAAACAAAGAACAUAAUUGAAGAAAGCCGCGGAGUUACCGAACAGUCCAAGAAGUUUUUCGGUCUUGUCCACAAACAUCCGAUAGUGCUUGUUAUAAGAAGCACAUCCGAAAUUGACGUUCCAGUGGAAAAGAUUCCCGAUCUGCAACCGGCGGAAGAAGACGACGACGAUGAUGACGAGGAAUCAGAAGAAGAAUACGAUGAAUUCGAAGAAGAGAUUGUAAUCAUGGAUGUCAGGAGAAAGUCCAUUUGGCGAAAGUGGUUGGAACAUCCUCAGCCACAGCCAGAAAAGAAGGGAGUCCCUAUUGAGGACCUUAUUGAGAUCCCGUCUUUGCAAGAAAAGACACAAGAAUCUUCUUUAGACGAGUUUUUGAUCGAGGAGAAAAUCGAAUCUGUGGAACGGCAGCCAGUAAGUUGUGAGCCACCAGACUUGAGUUCAGUCUUUGACCACAUCUAA